AUGUUUAUCAAAAAACGAAAGCGUUUUAAACAAAUAAUUGAAAAUUAUUCACAUAAUAUUAAUCUUGAAACAGAUAAAAAUACUCCAAAAUCUAUUCGCUCAUUAAAAACAAAUCAAUUUUUAUCACUUCGUUCAAUAAUAAUAUCGAAUUUACGUUAUAAUGAAAUAAAAUCAUGUAAAAAAAUUUCUUAUCUUUCACGAAUUCUUAAUCGAACAGAAAAAAUUAGAUCAAUUGAUGUUUUGAUAAGAAAAUCCUGUCAACAAACGUUAGUCAUAUCACAUCAAUAUUAUUUAACAUAUCUUAUUCUUCGUCCAUUUCAUGAAUGUACAAUCGAUGAAUUAAAUCAUUUUAUUCAAAAAUGUUGUUUUUAUUUAAAAAAAUUAAUCAUUCAAAUAUAUAUCUAUACAGUUAAUCAACCAAAAUUACUUAAUAUUAAUAAAUAUCAAUGGGUAAAUAUAUUUCCAAAACAACUAAAUUAUUUUUAUUUAAAAUCAAUUCCAAAUGCAUCAAUUCAUCUGAAUAAAAAAUUUUUAACUUCAACAUUUAGAAAAUCCUUUAAAUGA